GAAAUUUUGAUAUUGCCACGCACUCAAUACCUCUUUUGAAAGGUAAAACAGUUAUUUCAUUAAUAAGAAGUUAAACCACAAAAAUACUGAACUCCGAAGAAAAUUCAAAACGGAAAGUCCCUAAUCAAAUGGCAAAAUCAAAAGCACAAACACAUCAAACGAAUGGACAACAACUGUCAUAUUCCGGACUUGGUACAGGCAUUUUCUUAUGUAGAAAAUGGUGGAUUGAACCUGGUUUUAUAGCGCUAAACUUCUCACUUGUAUGACAGUCGCAUCAAAUUCCAUUAUAUUGACAACGAUGCGUGAAUAAAACAAACAGACAUAAUAGGUAAAAAUAUCACAUAUAUUCAUCAUUAUUAUUGUAUUGCAAACCUCUUUUACUCUUUACCUUCCAACAAACCUCCAGGUCAACCAAUAAUCACUGGAUCACAACGCUAUGAUUUAGGAGAUACAGUAACAAUAUCGUGCAGUUCUACAGGAGGAAAUCCUUCACCUACAGUGAAUUGGCUGAGAGAUAACAAUAUUAUCACAACUGGUAUAAAUAGAUUUUCAGGUAGUGGGAUGACAAGAACAACGCUGACCUUUGUUGCUGGUUUAGAAGACCACCUUGAAGUGUUUGAAUGUCAGGCUAAUAACGGCUAUUUACAGAACCCUCUUGCGUCGACAACAUAUAUUGAGUUGUACUUUGCUCCAAGGGUUCCAACACUGACUGGUCCUCCAACCCUUCCUUCUGGAUCCUCUGGAAAAUGGACGUGUUCUUCAGCGAAUGGAUACCCUGCUCCUACCAUAUCAAUGAGAAUCCAAGAUAGGCAAUAUACAAACGAGAUAAUUGUUGUACAGUCAUAUGAUGUUAUUGACAGAAGUUAUACAGUAACUGGUACAUUGAAUUUAGUUCCGUCGAUUGACAAAACUGGACAAGAUCUUUGCUGUGAUGUUAGUUAUCUAUUUGAUAACAAUGAUCCUCAAUCUACUUGCUUGCAAUUAACAAUCAAUGAGAAAGACGAAGACAAUAUCAUAAUUUAUGUCGUGAUUGGAAUUUUUGCAGUGUUGGUUCUAUUUGUAUUACUUAUUUUGAUAAUACGGUCCAGAAGAGGUCGAGAGAAAAGGAAAGAUAAUGCACACAGCAAAUACGUAUCCCAACAGGCAGCUUUUUCCAACCAGCACGAUAAUGCAGAUUAUAGUACACAUCGAGAUUGUGACAGAGAUUAUGACGGGUUGGAUUCAAACAGACGAGAGAUGCACGUUUAUAACACAUCACAAGACAAUGAAGAGUAUAGUCAGUAUUCGACAAUACCAGCAGACCAUGUGUUUGUGGACCCAAACCAUACAAACCUGAAACGAGAAAACACUUAUUUGGAACCAGCCCAUUCUAACUUGAAACAAGACCAUACUAACUUGAAACCAGACAAUACUUACUUUGAACCCAUAAGUGGAAACUCAAUGACGGCUACAACGUAGAACACAUAACGGUCGAAAUAAAAAUCUGGAAUUGUCUGGAAAAGUUGUUUAUGAAGGGAGGGAUAUAAUUAUUGCCAAUAGAAUCACUUUAAUCAACAUAUAUAAACCUUUAAAAUCGCCAUGGAUACAUAUUUCAUUUAUUUAGAUCAUUAGGUGAACAUACUUGUUUAUAUUAAUAUAUGGAAUAAUUUUCCUUCAAACUAACAUAUGAUUAUGACAUUUUCCUUUAGAUAGCAAUGACAGUGGUAAUUUGUUUUUUUUAAUUGAUUGAAAUAUCAUUAUAAACGAUAUUAGAAUUUACAUAUGUAUUCUUAAGUUGCUGCAACGUUUAAUAACAAUAUAUCCAACACAUAAAAAAUAAAACUUUUAACAUUUUCAAUUCAUGCAUAGCAUGAAAAGGGGAGCUAACAUCAAUUCUAAGUUACAUUUAUCUUUAAAUACCUUGUCGAAUGUCUAACUAUGAUAAAAUAAAAAAGACAAUAUAUAUAAAAUUAUC